AUGGCAUUGCACCCUUGCUUGUUCUUGGACAUCUCCAUCUUCUUCGAAUCAUCCAAAAAGGGUGCCAUUCUCCUAAGUCUUGGAACCAACGUCAAAAGCUCCACCAUAGGACCAGAACGUAUACAGAUCUUCAUCAAAACCAUGAGAAAGUUUCCUGAUUACCAUUUCUUGUGGAAGUUUGAAGAAGAUCCUUCCUCAUUGAACUUACCUAAAAAUGUUAUGGUCAAGAAAUGGAUUGAGCAGAAUAACAUCUUGGCACAUCCUAAGGUGAUUCUGUUUUUGACUCAUGGUGGUCUUUUGAGUUCCCAAGAAGCCACUUGGCAUGGUGUACCGAUGCUUGGAAUUCCUGUAGUUGGUGAUCAACAUUCUAAUGUCAAACGGUCUAUAGAUGCAGGCGUUGCCGAAUCUGUCAACAUUUACUCUUUAAACGAAGAUGAGUUAACAUCGAAGUUGAAGAAAAUGCUGGAAGACACAAGUUACCGCCACAAGAUGUCUCAACGUUCCUCCCGUUUCCGUGACCGUCCCUUACAUCCAUUAAAGGAAGCUCUCUGGUGGUGCGAAUACAUGCUCAGGCACAAGGGGGCUCCUCAUUUGAGGUCCCAAGCCCGUGCCUUGAGGGACCCCACAUUGUUCAUGUGGGAUUUGCUCAUCGUUUGGAUGGUGGGAUUCGUCGGAGUGAUUUUUGGAUUCAAUUAUUUAGUGAAGAGAGUGUUUAAAACUAAAGAAAUCGAACAGUAUUGGCUGCCGAAGGUGGAGAGAAUUAAAUAUAAUUGA